AGCAUCUCUUUAGCUACUUUUUUAUUAAUUAAAAAAUCUCUCGCUCUCUGCCUUUUCUCAUUUUGCUUUCUUUGACUUGCUAAGGGUUUUUGCUUUUCCUCAUCAAAAUCACACCUUUCCCAUUUCUUCGCUUUUCUAUGUUCUCCUCUCCCAAUACCUAUCCCUCCCUCUUUCAUGUUGGAACCUUUGCAUGAGCUGGUGUUUAAAGAAGCAUAGAAGACUUCCUUACAGCUUUCAAAGAUUGAAUGUAUUAAGAUGGGCUGUUUCACAGUUUUGAAGAGCAAAAAGAAAAGGCCAGAGGCGUCAGUUUCCAUCAAGCGUGUUAAUCUUAAGGAGCAAAUACCAACUACUCUGCCUGAGCCCCAGGUCCAAACUCGGUCAUUGCAGUCAGCACCCCCUAGUUUUAGGACCAGAGCGAAGCCUGUUCAACCAGAAAUCAAAGUAACUAGCAAUAGGGCACGGGCGUUAUCAGCUCCAGAAAGCCUUGAUGCAGCGGAACAAGAUGCUCUUGCAUCAUCUGAAUAUGAAGAGCAUGAAGAGUCAAAAAACCGAGUUGGAAUUGCAAAGGAACAACGACUUCCAGGUCCACAACCCCUUCCACUCCCUUCACCUCAGGGUGGUGCUGUACUGAAGCCUAUGAGUAGCUUUAAAGCAGUGAAUUGCAGUGGCCCUCUCUAUGCUUCUGGACCAUUACCGCGUCCUCCAGGUGGAACACUGAGAAACUUUUCAUAUGAAGAAAUUCUAUCUGCUUGCCGCAAUUUCUCUUCAGAUCGAUGUGUAUCUGAAGGUCUUUCAUCCAUAAUGUUCUGGGCUUCCUUUGGGGAUGAUGCUUCAAGUUCAAAGAGGUUCGAAGCUAGUGUUACUCGCCUUCAUUCAUCAUCUCAGGGUUUGAAAGAGUUUAUAAACGAGGUUAAUACCCUUGCAUCUUUGCAACAUCCAAACUUGUGCAAAUUGCUUGGCUAUCAUGCACGUGAUGGGUCUGACCAGAGAAUGCUGGUGUAUGAGAGGCUUUAUCAUGGAAGCUUGGAUCGGCUGCUGUACGGAAGAUCUGAUGGGCCUCCCAUUGACUGGAACACCAGGAUGAAAAUUGCUUUAUGUGCUGCACAAGGUCUUACUUUUUUGCAUGAAGAAGGGCCUUUCCAGGCAAUGUACAAUGAGUUCUCUACUGCCAACAUACAAAUCGACAAAGACUUUAGUGCAAAGCUUUCAGGAUAUGGUUGUGUUGGCCAUAUUCCUGAAACAGAGAUCUCUAACAGUUCAGUGGCUGCAGCAAAUCUCUCAGUGGAGACAGUAGAGAGAGGGUUAUUGACUCCAAAGAGCAACGUUUGGAGCUUUGCAAUUGUUCUUCUUGAACUACUCACUGGCCGGAAGAAUCUUGAUAGCCGUCAUCCUAGGGAAGAGAGAAACUUAGUUAAGUGGACCCGGCCUUUUCUAGCUGAUGACUGUCGACUAUCGCUGAUUAUGGAUCCUCAGUUAAAAUGCCGUUUCCCAGCUAAAGCAGCCCGGACAUUGGCUGACAUUGCUCUAAGAUGUCUUCAGAAGGAUCCAUUGGAAAGACUAACCAUGAGAACCAUUGUUGAGCAUCUCAAAGUUAUACAAGACAUGAAAUACUCCAGUCGGUUUCCUCUGCAAGAACCAGCUGCAGUUGCUGGAAAGCAAAUGUCCAGAUCACCUAGUCUUAAUGGAAUUAUUACCCCAACACCAAGGUUAAGUUUCUCACAAUCUCCACCGUCAAGAGCCCGGCCAUCCAUUUCCCCGACUAGGCCUCGUGCCUUACCUCUCUCUCUUCCUCCUCGUGCCUGUUCCUCAACUCUCUCUCUUGAGGAACUGGAACUGGAACUGGAACGGCAAGAAAGCAGGAAAUCAUCAUCAUCAGCUGUUCGAAGGCCAAGUGUUGAAGGAUUUUGAAUGUUAAUAUAUGCAUUUUUUCAUUUUUUGAAUGGCUUUUCUUUUUUACCCCUUUUGGUGAUUCAACAGAACAUAUAGAAAGAUAAAGGUGUGGAUCUUCCACCUUCCCAUCCCCUAAGAUGUUGAAAAAAGAGUGGAUGCUAGCCUGUAGAUAGAGUGCAAACCCUAGUUCAACUGGAUUCAAUUAGUUUCAUUGUAAUCCACAAAGCCAUAUACAAUGAUUAGUGUUCCAAACUCAUGCUUCAUGCUUGUUCAUGCUCUUCAAUGAUUUGUUGAUUACAAAUCAUUGCGUGCCCCCAUCAGUUUUGAAUGAAAUAGCAAAACUCCACUCCUUGGUCUC